AUGUAUGAGGUCCAGGCUGUGGCUGUGGCUGGCCCGUCCUCUUCCCCCUCGUCGUGCUCGUACUCUUCCUCCCUGGCCGGGGACUCGGAGAUAGACGUGGAGAGCCUGGAGCUGGACGGACAGCCUGAGCCUCGCACGACUCUGGAGCCAGAAGAAGAGGAUGAGGAUGAAGAGGAGCAGCAUGGCGAUGGCCAUAACAGGAGCGAGCAGAAGUGUGCAGAGAAGGGCGGAGAGCAGAGGAAGCUGAGCAGGACCCCCAAGUGUGCCAGGUGCAGGAAUCAUGGGGUGGUGUCCUGUCUGAAGGGCCACAAGCGCUUCUGUCGCUGGAGGGACUGUCAGUGUGCCAACUGCCUGCUGGUGGUGGAGAGGCAGAGAGUCAUGGCAGCCCAGGUGGCUCUCAGGAGACAACAAGCCACAGAGGAUAAGAAAGGCCUGACAGGGAAACCAACUGUAACAGAAAGGAAAACUGUGUAUCAAAGACACAUAAGAACCCCCAGCUUGCUGGCGAAGAGCAUACUGGAAGGUUAUCGACCCUUGCCAGCAGAUUCUUACAUGGGGCCCAGUUCUCCCCUGCCAGCCCCUGUGAGUGACAGGAUGAGGAAGAGACGAGCCUUUGCUGAUAAGGAGCUGGAGAAUAUUAUGCUGGAAAGGGAGUACAAGGAAAGAGAGAUGCUAGAAGCCACUCAGGGUGCCAACCUGUUUUUGCCCAGCCGCAUGGUACAUGCUGCAGAGUACAACUCCUACAAAGCUGCCUAUGGGAGCUCACAGGCUGAUGCCCCUAACAAAGAGUUCUGCAACUUUGUGCCCACUUGCCUAGACCUCACAAUGCAGUAUUCAGGGGCAGGGAAUGUGGAGCUGAUUUCUUCCAAUGUCAGCGUGGCAACCACCUAUAGACAAUACCCCAUCCCCUCCAGGUUCUUGGUGUGGCCAAAAACUGGAGCCCCUAUCACUGAUGCUCUUCUUUACCAGCAGUACCUGUUAAAUGCCACAGCCAUGCAGGCACUGAAAAAUGGCUCAAACUGGGACUCCAAAAACAACCUCAUGAUUGAGUGCCAACCUACAGAACAUGAUCUGGUACCUCCUAAAUUAGAGACCCAAAUGCUUCAUCAACCCAACCUGUCCCAAGAUGUUGGAGAAAGAUCUGCCUUUUCUCCUCCUAAAAGGAACUUCUCACAGUUACCCAGCAAAGACACUUUGUCUCCCCAGGACGGUCUCCUGAACAAGAUCAGUAAGGAAACAGCAAAGCAGCCUCUGUCUUUAAAGUAUAGCCCCUUACACUCAUUAUUUCAACAGGCACAUCUUGAGAAGUCAUUGUCAGAGCUUAAAACACAGAGUGUCAAAGACCCCUAUGAAGAGCCUGCAAAGAAAUUCAGAGAAUGCACGUCCAAGGAAAACCAGAAGUACAAAUUAACUGUUGAUAGUUACAACAAGGAGUUUAUCUUGGGCAAAGAACCAGGAACAAAACUUUCUGUCAGUGAGCCCUUACCGUUUUCUGUGGAAUCAAUCCUGAAGAUGCCUUCAACCACAAUACAAAGAGCCAGCCAGUAG